AUGAAAUUUUUGAUCCCUACGAUAUUCCUGGGCCUACUGGCCACAGCGGCCUGCGAGAAGGAAGCUACGAAGGACGCGGAGGCUCAAGAGUCUAACGUAGAAAAGAAGCAGGAGAAACGAGGGCUCAGCCACCUCGAGGGUGGCCUCGACGGUGGUGACUAUGGCGGAGGGCACGAGAUCGGUUUAUCGGGUGGCGAUGGCGGUGGAUACGAAGGCGGUGGUUACGAAGGGGGCUACGGAGGCGGUGACUACGGCGGUGGUGGCUACGGCGGUGGUGGCUACGGCGGGGGUGGCUACGGCGGUGGUGGCGCCGAGGAUGCUGGCAAAGUAAAGGAGAUCACGAUCGUGAAGAGCGUGAAGGUACCCUACCCGGUGGAGAAGAAGGUUCACUACCCGGUGGAGAAGGAAGUACCCUAUCCUGUAAAGGUACCCGUGCCUCAACCGUACCCAGUGGAGAAGAAGAUCCCAGUUCCGGUAAAGGUCCUGGUCAAGGUACCCGUGCACAUUCCACAGCCUUACCCUGUGGAGAAGCAGAUACCGUACCCUGUCCAGGUGCCCGUGGAGAGGCCAGUUCCGUACAAGGUCUACGUUCCUCAGCCGUACCCAGUGGAGAAAAAGGUCCCUUACCCCGUGAAGGUACCAGUCCCGCAACCUUACCCCGUGGAGAAGCCUGUACCUUAUGCCGUGAAAGUCCUGGAGCACGUACCCCAACCAUUCCCAGUCGAGAAACCCGUACCAUACCCCGUGAACGUGCCCAUUGAAAGACCAUACCCAGUCCACAUCCCCAAACCGUACCCAGUGCCGGUCGAAAAGCCGGUACCAGUGCCUGUCGAGAAGGCUGUACCCUAUCCAGUCAAGGUGGCCGUGGAGAGACCAGUCGGAGUACCAGUGGAGAAGCCGGUACCUGUCGAAGUUAAGAUACCCGUACCCGCGCCGUACCCAGUGGAGAAGCAUAUACCUGUGCCUGUCGAGAAGCCUAUACCGUACGCGGUUAAGGUACCCGUGGAGAGACCAGUACCAGUUUCGGUCACGAAGCAUGUACCAGUGCCUGUGGCCAAGCCUGUGCCCUACCCGAUCAAGGUACCAGUACCCGUGUCGAUUCAUAGUCACGGCUACGAGUCCGGAGGUCUGGACGGUGGCUACGAGUCUGGGUACGGCCACCAUUAG